GCUUGCAAAAGGCUUGCGUGGAGGCGAAGAGGCGCUAGGACCCCGCGGGUUCCCCGGCUGAUCCGCUGCAGUGAGUAGUCCGGGUGUGGUAGAUCCCGCAAGAGAUCCACCGCCCGCCGGACAAGUCGCCCCGAGCAGCGUUUGGCGGCCAAGAUCCCCUUUCUUAGCAUUUUCUGAAAAUGUUCCUGGUCAAGAACUUUCUUGGAGGCGGAGGAGGUGGUGGCGGUGGUGGAAGCAACAUCAACAUUGGAAAUGUCAUUGGAGGAUUUUUAAGUGGGGGAGGGGGUGGAGGGGGAGGGGGAGGCCAAGGGGGAGGAGCCAUGAAAUUUCUGGGAGGAGUCAUCAGUGCCAUCAGUGAAGCAGCAGCCCAGUAUAACCCAGAGCCUCCGCCGCCUCGCAGCCAUUUCUCCAACAUUGAAGCCAACGAAAGCGAGGAAGUCCGGCAGUUCCGCAGACUCUUCACCCAACUGGCCGGGGACGACAUGGAAGUGAGCGCGACGGAGCUGAUGAACAUCCUGAACAAAGUAGUCACCCGGCAUCCGGAUUUGAAGACUGAUGGGUUCGGGAUUGACACCUGUCGUUCCAUGGUGGCCGUGAUGGACAGCGACACCACCGGCAAGCUGGGCUUUGAGGAGUUCAAGUAUCUCUGGAACAACAUCAAGAAGUGGCAGUGCAUCUACAAGCAAUACGACAGGGACCGAUCCGGCACCAUCGGCAGCCAAGAACUGCCGGGGGCGUUUGAGGCCGCAGGCUUCCACCUCAACCAGCAGCUUUAUGCCAUGAUCGUCCGCAGGUAUUCAGACGAGAACGGCAACAUGGAUUUUGACAACUUCAUCAGCUGCCUGGUGCGCCUGGAUGCCAUGUUCCGUGCCUUCAAAUCUUUGGACCGAGAUGGCAGCGGACAGAUUCGUGUGACUCUGAAGGAGUGGCUGCAGCUCACCAUGUACUCCUAAGAGCCACCGGCUGUCAGGAAGACCACCCUUUCCUCUACCAUCCCCAAUUCUGUCCUGGAGUGGUAUAGAAUUCGGCAUUACCUAUUUGCAGAUGUGUCUUCACCCUGGGAAAAUCCAAGGAGAUUCUAUUCUGCGGUUCUGCUUCCUCUCCUGCAACCAAGCCAGGAAACUUCCUGUUUUUACUCUAGUGUUUUGCGUUGCAAUUUUUACUCCCCAUUGUAAAAGCAACGGCUGCUCUUCUCCAUUAGCUUUUCACUUGCUGUCGCUGCUGCCUUUUCAAAGCACCAAGAGAGGGGGGGUUGUCUCUUGAAAGAGAAGCUCCUUUUCUCCCCCUCCCCAACCUGCUUGGAUUCGAAUGGUGCCAUGCAGAUUUGAUAGGACCCCCCCCCUUUUUUUGAGUAAGUUUCAUUUUGUAAGAGCCGUGUGAGAUUUGGAUGGAGAGAUGGGCUUGCAAAGCACCAAUUCCUUGCAAAACCAGGUUCCUUGUAUGUGGGGGGGCAGUGUAUACGGGUUUUUAUAAAUGGGGGCUAAAGCGAUCUCUUUGUGGACACUGUGAAGUGGUGAUGGAUCCUCUGGACUUUCAUCUGGACGUAAUUUGUAUUUUCCCAAAAGAGCCAGGUCAUUGCACUAGAAAUAAGAUGAGCUGAGCUUGAUGGUCAUUGCCUACCACUUCUCAACCCCAGAAAAUGUUUCCUCCUUUUUAAAAUCCCCAGCACCCUUUGCCUGGACAUGAUUUAAAAAGCAAUAACUUAGCAGUUUAGGGAACCAACGCUGAAGCUACUUAAAUAAUCCAGAUAUAUGACAGCUUGGCCCUUUUUUUCUCAGGCUCCAGGGGCUGCCGAUAGAGGCUCGGCCCAGACUCUUUAAACUUGGCUUUUGAAUUCUAUUUAAAAAAAGAAAAAGCAUCUUUAUCGCACACUAUGUGGCUGCACCAUGCAAAUUUCUCAGCAAUGCACUUUUGUCGCAUGCCAAUUCUCUGCGUGAAUUUUGAAGGUCUAUAAAGCAAGGCUGUCCAACUGUGGAAACUUUUAAGAUUUGUGGACUUUGCUGGCUGGGGAAUUCUGGGAGUUGAAGUCCACAGGUUGGACACUCCUGCUCUAAAGUACAUGAAGGAGAACUCCGAAUUUUAUGGGCAGCAUUUCGAGAAUUGGUUUCCUUUAAAACGUGUUGAGGGAUGUGUGAACCCUAUCAGAUUAUGAAAUGUGGACAUUGUGAGUUUAUAAGUCCUGGUUUCCUCCCUUUUUGAAAGGGCUGAGAAGGGAACCAGAGUAACACUAGGGGCUCUUUAUACUUCUAAAAGCUGCAAAUGCUUUCCCCAAUUUGUUUUUGGAUUCAGCUUCUCCAAGUCCAAUUGUUGGCUUGAAAUUUUAAUGAAUCACGUUUUUUCUCCUCCUAAAAUUAAUGAGAAGGACUUGGGGGGGGGGAGCUUUUGCAAAUAGUCCUUUUGGAAAUUUCCCCCAAUUCUGGCCAAAGGCUUUGCUGGCUCAAAAAGAGAAUUUGCUGGGGUGAAAAAAAAAAAGAAUCUUGUGAUGAAUAAUUUGCAAUUCUAAAUGGGGCUAAUAUUCUCUGUUUAGAACUGCCAGCAGAUCUUUUCCUGUUGCCCCCCACGUCCCCCACAAACACCCCCAGGGUUAGAGGCUGCCUCCCACUGUAUGCUCACUUUUUUAAUAGCUCAAUAGCAACCGGAGUAAAAGUUGCAUAACAAUUAGAA